AUGCCCCAACUCGACGACAACACCGAAACCCUCAUCCGUGUAGGCCAUGACGCCCAAGACCACGUCCGACGAGCAUGGGAUGGAUUCAUCAACUUUGCAGCCCGCGAUAACGUCCUCGAGGUUGCGCUCGGUCUGAUCAUCGCCCAAGCAUUCACCAAAGUAGUCACCUCAUUCGUAUCCGACAUCAUCCUCCCGAUAAUCUCGCUCCUCCCAUUUAUAAACCGCAACAUGGACCAGAAAUUCGCAGUGCUGAUGAAAGGACCCCAUUUUGAUAAAGAAGUGGGGUAUAAUACACUCGAGCAAGCGAGAGAUGAUGGUGCACUUGUUCUGGCUUACGGGGUGUUUCUGGAAACGAUCAUCAGCUUUUUCGGUGUCAGUUUGACGCUGUAUGCGGGGGCGCAGUUGUAUAUGAUGGUCUCGCAUCGCCGAAUUAUCAAGCCUACUGUCCGGUGCAGAUAUUGCAGGAUGUUUAUUAGUGAACAGCUGGCAAGAUGGAAGGGAGGAUAG